AUAAAGUUUUAUAGACAAAGUAACUAAAAAUAGUAUGAUGAUAAAAUUUAUAUCAAAUCCUCGAGUGAGAUAAAUUGGGCAAGGUAUAAGAAUCAUAAUGUUACCAGACUGAAUGUUAUUUUAUUCGGGCACCGAUUGCCCAUUUAAAUACCUGUAUCCACCACUACCGAUACUGUUCACUAAUCUGUAUCAAAGAAAAGCAGGAAGUUUCAGUAAGACAAAAGAUUCGGAAUUUCGAGAAUAAGCCUCCUCGCUGUUGUGGAUGCGUAUUCGCGCGUCGUCAGUAAAAAUGAGCCUGGGGUCUGGCACGAGCUGAUAGCCACCGCGAAGAGAAGUAAAUAGGGAAAGAGGGGGGAGGGCAGAGAACGAGAACGAGCGAGUAAAAGAGAGGGUGGAUAUAGGAGGGACGUGAUCCGACAAAACACGAGCGAUGCUCGUAGCGUUCGAUUCAGUCUGCAUCCGACCGCCGCGAGUGUCGCGUCGCGAAGUUGUGCUUGAACUUCGGGGGGGAACACGAGACUCCGAUACAAGAGAGUCAGUUGUGCGAGUGCGCGUGAUACGACACCACGGUUUCUUAUCCCGUAUCUAGCGUACACCCUUGUUUUUUUUUUCCGUAUCUUUUCGUUUCUUCCUUUUCGACUCGUGCUCGCGAACGAGAGAGAGGGAGAGAAAAAAAAAAUCAGUGAAAAAUCGGAGCCGCGUACGAUUGGUGUUAGAGAGAGAAAGAGAGAAAGAGAGAGAGAGAGCGGGUCACUGAACGACCGCACAAAGGUAAGGAAGAGGGAGAACGAAAAAUAAAAGAGGGACAGAGAGGGAUUUUCGUCGCGACGUAUACAUACAUACGUAUAUACACGUGCGAACCCGAGGAGAGACGCGAAUACGCGCGUGCGCACCCGCGUAUAUAUUCACACACACGCGCACACAUACACGUAUACAUCUACACAUACACGGACGAAAGAGAAAGACAACGACGACACGGCGCAGGAAAAGAGGGAAGAGAGCCAGUGACACCGGGAGGGUCGGGUGUUCCUCGUGCAAAACCGCCACCGGAAUAUAUGUCGUGAAUGUGUACGGCCAAAGAUCCGCGGAUAGAGACCGGCGAUAGUGCGUGCAGGGCUUUAAGGAGCGAAAAAAAAAAAGGCAAAGACGACUCCCGGGUGAAAAGCAAUGCGGGUUCAUUGACUGCGUGCCGCGCAAUGGCCGCAUGUUCGUGGCCAAUGCACAGUGCAUGUGUGACAGGAGCUACGAGCAAGACGACGCCGAGGACGACGAGGCCGAAGAUACCGGCUAAUAUCGAACUCGAGACCUACUAAAGUUUUAUUCAGCUUUCUGGACGAUCUGGAACGUGUACCUCGAUCGGGAGGAGGACCGAUAAGGACAAGGAACGCAUUGGAAUUUAUCCUGCUUUUUAAGACGACCGAAACAGUGCUGCUCGCAAAGGCACGACCUCAAGUCGUCACCCUACCAAAGAAGAUCAAAUCGAACGGUUAAACUCGAUCAGCUGUUCGAGUUCGAACGAUAUUACUUGACGAACGUUUUUUAACCUUCCUCGAACUUAAUGCUCGCGAUCAAGUAUCGUUAUCGAGACACGUCAUCGGUGUCUUGUCGCUGGAUCGGUAAACGAAAAUGUUGUCCGUUUGCUGACGAGAAAGAGGGCGGCGAAGAAGCCGGUGAAUCGUUGCUCGCGAUCGGUUCGGACGUAUUCGGGUGGCGGGACUUGGGUGAGAAUCUUGUUCGUUUCUACGUGGUCGUGGUCGUGUUCGUGGUCGUCGUGCGUUGUACAGUCAGUGGUUCGGCAGUGAGAGAAAGAUAAAAGGGAGAGGCGGGCAGCUAUAACCGGCAACCACACGGUGGACAUGAUUAUUUCAAAGGAUCUGUUCCUCUUUGGCGACCAAGAUUACCUGCGCCUUCCCAGUAACGAGAAGCGCCAGCAACGGGCAAUGGGCCGACCGAUCAUCAAUGCUCCCAGAGUGGAAAGCUCAGCGUUGCAGUUGGUGUAUCCGCUGGAUUCUCGUCCGGUGCAGUUAAUCUUCCGGGGGUUGCAGGUGGUCAAGGAGAAACGUUCUCUUCUGAGGGAUGUUUCGGGCAUUGUUAAACCCGGUGAACUUUUGGCCGUCAUGGGCCCUUCAGGUUGCGGCAAAACGACGUUGUUGAAUUGCCUGUCAGGCCGAGUGGGCGUUGACGGGGGUGAAAUCUGGCUGAAUCGUGAAAGACUGACAAAAAGAUGGCGCAGGAGAAUCUGCUACGUUCAACAGCAGGACGUUUUCUUUCCCGAUCUCACGUUACGCCAGACUCUCGAGUACCAGGCGAGGCUCAGGCUUCCGGACACGUUCUCGCACUCCCAGAAGAUGCAGUGCGUGGAUCAUAUCAUCGAGGUCCUCGAUCUUUCCGGCUGCCAGGACACAAUUAUCGGAGAUUACACGAAACGAGGACUGUCUGGCGGUGAAAAGAAGAGGACCAGCAUAGCAUGCGAGUUGCUUACGAAUCCGUCGCUGAUGUUGCUGGACGAACCAACGAGCGGGCUGGACUCGCACUCGGCACAGGCGUUGAUUUCACGGUUGAAGAAGUACGCUGAACAAGAGGGUAAAAGCAUCGUGGUGACAGUGCAUCAACCCAGUUCCAGGAUGUUUCACAGCUUCAGUAAGCUUCUUCUGUUGAGCCGUGGCCAGGUGGCGUAUUACGGCUCCACCUCGAAUGUUGGCAGGUUUUUCUCCACGAUAGGACUUACCUUGCUGCCGCAUUACAACCCCGCCGACUUUAUACUGGAACAAAUAAAGGGUCCAGAGGAGGUUCGGGAGCGUAUCGUAACCGCAGCGCGGAACGCGAGACAGGGACCUGACUGCCCGCCGGAACUUCGUCCGGAAUAUAAUCCCAGCCAACAUCCGCUCUGCGACCAUCUCAUACAUUAUCACGAGCACCACAUCAGCCACAACGUGAAAGAAGACGAAGGUCGUACACUGUGGUUGGACACACAAAGCCAUGCCAGCAGCAGUGCCAGUUCGGCGGACGAGGACUAUUCCUGGCAGUGGCCCACCAGUUUCUGGUCGCAAUUCAAAGUAUUAUCAGAAAGAAACUUUCAAGAGGCACGGCCACGAAUGCUGUCCCGUCUGAAUUGGCUGCAAACGAUAGCCCUAGGUUUACUCGCUGGACUGCUGUGGCUCAGGCUUCCCAGAACCGAAGCAGCUCUUCACGACAUUCAAGGCUGGAUGUUCUUCAGCACCACGUAUUGGAUGCUGUUCGCACACUUCAGUACACUCUCCAGUUUUCCUCCAGAACGCGAGGUUAUCAACAAGGAGCGAUUGUCAGGGUCGUAUCGGCUCUCGGCCUAUUACCUGGCGAAAAUGGUCGGCGAGUUGCCGCUUACGAUUACGCUGCCCGCAGUUUACCAUAUCAUUAGUUACCCCAUGUUGGGCUUCCACAGUCCGGCUGUUUUCGUCACCCUGUUGGCGUUCCUGCUGCUCAACACGAUCGUUGCACAGAGCGUGGGCUUCUUCGUCGGUGCGUGCUGUUUGGACCUACAGGUGAGCAUAACCGCUUCGGCGCUUUACACGCUCGCCACGCAAUUGCUGGGCGGGUAUUUAGCGACCGCGGUACCACCGUGGUUGGCGUGGGCCAGAUACACGAGCAUGGUGCACUACGCCUACCAGAACAUGCAGAUCCUGGAAUUCGGCGUCGGCGAACCGAUCACAUGCUCACAACCAAGCAAAUUCCCCGAAUGCAGAAACGCGACGACGAUACCAGUGUCCGCGAUUCUGGAGAGCCAAAAUGGCGCCAGGGGUUCCGGUCUUCCAUUGUGGGCGAACACGGCCGUUCUCCUGGCGUUUCUCGUGAUUUUCCGUACACUCGGCUACCUGGUGUUGCGUUAUUACCGCGUGCCGAAGUGAACCACCUGACGGCCCAUCGUCAUGGACUUUAUCGGCUGAUCGAUUAAUCGACGGACAUCGACGGUUAGCCCAGGUUGCGCUAACGGAAAAUACGCGUCGAAGGCUUCCUUGACCCUUCGUUUCGAGACGGCCACGACAACAGAAAUCGCGACGCGAAAGCUUUAUUUUUCCAGGGGAUCACGUUCCGCUUUUAACGAACGAGACUACCGGAAAUGGCGAUGGAAAGAUGCAUCUUAAUUGGAUUACCAUUGGAAAGUUCAGAGUUAUCCUACAGUAAGCAUACUGACUAAAGUUUAGCUUGAGAAAUUAUUAUUUUUCAUUUAAAUUUCGGUCAUUUUGUAGAAUAGAGUCUUGCCAAUUUGAAUUUCAAAAAUAUAUAUGAGGUACACUCGCGAUCAGAUCGGGUGAUAUAACAAGGAAUUUUCAGAGUUAUCAUUUUGACGAUAUUAAUAUUAAUUUAAGUUCGUUACUAAAUUUCAUCAAAUUUAGUAUAUGAAUAAUAAAUAAAUAUCAAUUCAAAUUUUCCCGCAAUGACGUUGAUGAGCCCUCCAUUCCUACAUUGUCAAUCUCCCCGGGGAUGCCUAUGGGGAAGGGUGAGACCCGGAACAUCCCUAUUUACCCCGAGAAAUUCUCCAUUUUUCUGAUUUGAUUGCGAGUGUACCAUCGUCAUUAAAUUGUGAUUAUGCCUAAUGUAGGAUCAAUAGAAGUCUGAUUUAACUCCAGACGGAAGGAUUCGAUAUAAUUAAGAGUCAAUUUUUCAGCUCCAUUAUCCGGUCACCGCUAUUUUUAAUUAACGAACGAUUAGCAGAUAUUUUUCUUAACUGUACACUCAUCUCGCAGAAUAGUACGUAUAUGUAUAUAUUAAUAUACCUCAGAUAGAACAGGGAACCAGCGACCUAACGAAACGAAGGGUUAAACAAGGAGUGUUUAAUUUCUCAUCUUUUGUAUUCGGAAUGUUCGACGGGAAUGGUCCCGCGAUCGGGAGACAGGCGGACACGCCAUCGAGAGACUUUGGCGAAGACUAUUAUAUAAUAAUAAGAUUGUAUCAAGUAGAGACUUUAUAUAUACGAAUAUAUGUAUCAACGCUAAAAACGAAGUACGAGAAACAGGGAGAAUGAAAAAUGAACGGGGAGAGAAUGAGACAUCUUCUUUGUUUUAAUUUCUUGCGGCAACAAGGGUAUAAUAGUAGCGAGAGAGAAAAAAAGGAACAGAGCGAACGAGACGAGAAUGAAUGCUACCACAACUUGCGAGAAUGAGAGAGAGCGUCUUUUUCUUUUUUGGAAAAAUCGAUGCGGCGUCGGGACGCCGCGAAACCGACUGAAUAAAAAAACAAACACAUUUGUACGGACGACGAUACAUUUCUUACGCGCGAAAUACAAAGAAAUGAGAAGAGUACGAGAAAAAAAAGAAGAAAAAAAAAAAUGACAAAAAAAUAUGUAUAUGAAAGGGGGAAUAGAGAAAGAAGAAUACAUCCUCCCUCCCCCCCCUCCAAACGUGACCCGAGUAGGUUUAGGAAAGACGUAUUGUAAAAUCGCGAAGAAACUUUUUAAUAAUCGUUUAGCGACUAUCCACGUUUCAUUUUUACUUUUUAUUACCGCAGAACAAUUUACGCUACCCGUUUUUAAGAUAAUCCGCCUUAGGUGUUUAAGGUGAUGCUGCUGCUAUCUAUUCAUUAAUUAACUACUCUACCACUUAGUACUUUUUAUUAUCGAGCGCUGUAAAACUGUAAGUGAUUAUCGAGCGAGAUAAGGAAACAAACCAACCGUUCAUAUAUACAUAUAUAUACAUAUAUAAUAUUAUAUAUAUGCCUGCCAAUUUCGAUAUUCUACCGUGUAGAAAAAAAGAAAGCAAGGAACAAGGGGAUGAGAUGAGACACGUGUACGGUGUGAAAAUAAUGGAGAUAGGUUUCUAGGACAAUUAAACAAAGAAAUUCUUCACUGGUCGCACGUGAAUGAAUUCUUUUUAUACAUAAUUUAAUAUUGCGACUGAUGGGGUUCGAUGUAACACGCGCGAGCGGUGUUACGAAUAGGUAUGCGUUUAUGCUGACUUGCUUUAUGGGAAAUCGGGCUUCGAUUAGCCGACCCCCAUUAGAAUUUGUUGGCCACUGACUCGUAUCUAUGUGAUGUGUCUUUUUUUCUUCUCUUUUUUUCUUUUCUAGGAGCUCGAUAUUGUUACGAAAUUGGGGAUCCAAAUGAAACAUUUAACGAGCGGUGUAAUAAUUCAUUGGCUACCUUGUGUACAUAGAAAUUUUAUAUAUAUAUACAUACAAAUAUUAUAUAUAUAUGAAACUAUUAUAAUUAUUAUUAUCAUUAUUAUUAUUAUUAUUUUUAUUAUUAUUAUUAAUAUUAUUAUUAUUACUAUCGCAUGUACAUGUGAACUAAGGACUGAUCGAGGAGACACGCGACGUUUUUCUUUUCUCAUUUUUUUAUUUUUUUUUUUUUUAAUUAUUAUAAAUGCACUGAUUGGGGAAACGAUACAUGAUACAACAUACGUGAACGAAUAUUCGGUAUAGCAAUGAAUAGUUCAUGAAAUUUUAAGACUAAUCUAUAAAUUUUAUUAAAAAUAAAUCUUUUUUAUCUGCAUUUCUGACAGAGAUCUUUUAUUAGAAUUACUGAACUAAAAAUAGUGGAUGAUUCGUUGGUAUACCUAAUAUUAUUCUACCGAUAUUACCGAUAUUAACCCUUUCACUGCAGGAGAGUUCACCUAAAAAAUCCAAUAAUCGUUACGAAGGAAAAAGAUGGAGGUUGUAUUUAGGAAAUUAAAGGAGAUUAGUCAAAUUAAUCGAACGUCUACGGUAGUGAAAGGGUUGAAUAAAUCCGCCAGCAAUUCUAAAGCAAACAGUCUAAAAGCAUGGAUCCGAGAUACGGGAACGGACAGAUCCUCCGCAAGAACACGCACACUAAACACACACAUACACACAGCCAGAAGUUACGGAAAAGUUGAAAUGUUCGCGUUUAUAUAGUAUAAAUAAUAAUUAGGUUACCGUGGAUCGUGGACGAUGACGAGCCUCGAUUCGAGAGGAACGAUGUGUGCUUUUCUUUAGUCGGCCAAAAGGGGCAAAACGUUUUCGAUUUUGUGCGAAGAACCGGACGACUCGCUUAAUUCGCUAAGCUUUCCUUCGAGGUAAAAAAAAAAAAAGAAAUAAAUUAAUCGGGGAAACCGUCGCGUGUCCAAUCACCCUUUGCAUAUCCUCGUUGGGACAGCUUUCGUAAAGUUUCUUUUUACUCUUCGUGACCUAAUUAACCGCUUCGAGGUUUUAUAUACAUAUUUUUUUUUUCUUCAAAUUUUUCAUCACUUCCUUCGAAGAAACUUGGACGCUGACCGAACGACUUCCGGUUGUUUGAAAGACACGCGACGGGAUUCGUCCGGUACACGCACAUCGCAAUAUCCACCAAGUGUUCAGAAGUGGGUUCGGUGUCGAACGAGGGCGAAGGGGUUAGAAAUUGAUUAAAGAACGAAUUGUUCCGCAAUUACAAAAAAAAAAAAAUAGUAGGUUUUAAGGGGGGUCGAGGAGAAAAAUAAAACGAAUACGAAGACCGUGGCUACGUAUCGGAGAUGUUUAAACAAAGAUUUGGCUGUGUCAAUGUCUCGAACGAUUUAUUCAUUUUUCUAAUGCUUUCUUUUUUCUACUUAAACGUUUCAAAGCCACCUGACUGUUCGCGAAUGCCUCGAACGUUCAAGGCAUCUCUCGAACAGCUCUGGUGUUGGAAAGUCAUGGAAAAUGUUGUUACGAAAGAACAGGGAAGAAUGAUUGAUGAAAGAGAGUAUGAAAGUGACGAACAGCGCACAGUUAAGAGAAAGAAACGAAGAGUAAAUUAAAGAAAGUCGUUCAACGUCGAUCAUCGUUGAGAGUUAUCCUCUUUCCUUCUCAAGGGAAAUCUGUCUCAUACACGUGCGAUUAAUAUUCGUGGGAAAAAAUAUCACUGCCAAAACGAGGUAACGACCAUUUUUCAUUUUUAGUAUACCUACAAGAUACUCUGAAUCAGAUCGUGUUCAGGAAAUAACGAAAGCGAAUUGUACAAUCUUGUUUCAAUUCAAACGAACACCAUAUUAUAUCAAAUGUAACAUAGAUGUUCUUGGAUAUUAAACGUUUAUGGUGUAUGCCUGGUUUAUAAAUGAUUAUCCAUGUUACUUGGAGAAAGAAACUGUCUCUCUAUACCUUUUCUAUUAGGUCUUUUCUAAUUUCCACGAAAUAAUACUUAAAGCUUAAAGUUUUAUCAAAAUUAUUCUAUAAAGGUUUCGUCGAUAUAAUAAACUCUUGGCAUGAUAAAUCAUUCUAAAAUGACCUAAUAGAAAUAUAUGUAAUUGAAUAAAGGAUAAUCAAUAACAUUGCAAUCCUAUGCAAUAAAGGGAGACACUUUUCUUCCCCACGAAUCGUCUGCUAUUUCUUUUUUUUGUAAUUACAGAACGUAUAUUUGUUGCUUGCGAACGAGACGACGAACGACUCGACGUUUGCUUUUUCUACUUGCCAGUAGUACGGCGGCUCUUUUUUCAGACGGGUUUAUACAUAUUAUAGAAGAUAGAUGUGUGUCGAAGGUGGCGACGAUAUCGAUGACAGUCUAUACUUUCGUUUCAAUUUCACCUUCGACGCAUCCGCCAGCGACGAUGAAAAACUGAUAAAUAUCACCGUUUUACGACACGCGUCUUUUUCCAAAUUUUGAUACUCCUAUUGUAUACACUGUACACAGCGUCCCCGACAUAUUUGUAUACGUUUUACAAACUUACCAUUUUUGCAGGAAAUCCGAAUCGAACUCUCGCGAUUGAUACUUUUCCCCGAGAUAGAUUUUCAAGAUCGAUCGUAGAGUUCGAACGAACAGCGAGCGCACGUUUUGUAGUGAACAUUUUCGUCAUCUUCGAGGAUAGCCUCGAAGUUUCUACACACACACAUACACACACACAUACUUUUUCACGCUUUUUCGCACUGAAAUACAAUUUAUAAGACUGAGAACGUUUUUGAUACAUGUUAGUCGAGACAGAUACCAUUAGCACCGCUGCGAGACGAAAAGAUUCGAAAUGUUAGUGUCAAAGUGUUGAAAAAUUUUCUUGAACAAUCCCGAGAAUUCCAAUGCUCGUAGAGUUUAAUGAUAUUUCGAAUACCCUAUCGCUAGUUGCGCUCUUGCAACAAUUCUCACCCCGAAGAGGCUCGCAGAAUGAAAUUAACACAGCCAAACAACUCUCUCCCAAUGAUCGUUUCUUCGCGUUUCUUCAAACUCUGCCUUCUUCUUCGUAGGAGACAUUUUUCGAAGAUCUGUUCACGAUCGAAUAAUCGCUUUAGGAAUGUGAUAUAACGAAACUCGAGGAACGUUUACGUAAGAUUUGAUCUUGAACGAACGAGAUGUGACUGUUUCGCUUUACAAAAAUAGUGCCUUUUUUUUAAAGAAAAACUCUGUUGUUUGUGCCAAGUCGAAUUCAAGGGAUGCGAAUGCGUACGCGUUACACAGAGACACACAGGCUCGAUUUUAAAGGGAAGGAGACGCGAAGAGGGCUGCGAAUGUAAUGAAGAGCUUAAGGAAUUCGCCGAGAGACUGAUUGAAAGGGGUCGUUUUUCAUUAUACAGGCUUUAAAAGGGUUGAUAGAAGAAUUUCUUCUCUAAAAACGUAGAAUGUUUAGUUCACAGGGAACGAAUCGAUCAGUUCUUUACUCUACACUUUAGUUCGUUUAACCCUUUUCUAAGGCACACGUUCACGAUUUACGGAGACAGAGAACGAGGGUGCAAGAAGAAGAUCGUUCGGUUAGAAGGGUGUGUUUCUUGAUUAAAAGAAGAAAAUGAGAGUAUGAUUGUGUGUAUGUGGGUGUGCGAGAGAGAGAGAAACCACGGGACUAACGAGAAGAAAAGAAAAAUGCCAAAAAGUGUUCCACUAAUAUUGGCGUAACUAGAUAGAGAAGUAAUUAAAAGAAAAUUCAAAUUUCCAAAUAAAAUACUAUUGCGAAUUGCAAAAAUAUUUAAAAAUUACUUUAUGUAAAAAUUAGUCAAAUUACAAUUUUAUGAAAUAAAAAUAUCUGGGACCUUAGAAAAUCCUAGUUACGCCAGUGUCUAUUAACCAUUGCCGCCGUGGAUCCCCAGAAUAGUACCUACCAUUAAAAAAAAAAAAAUGAAAUUGAGUGUAAUAAUCAUGUAUGUAGAUUGAGUGCAAAAGAGAGGAACAAACGGGAGGAAAAAAGUUAAUAUAUAACUCGAAUCAUGUUCAUACAUAUGUACAUAAUGUGUGUGUUCAUCUAUGUAUAGGUAUAUGUGUGUGUAUCUAUGUACAGCAUCGUGCAAAGUAGAUUUCCAUGGAAAUAAUAGCAUUACAAAAUUUUAAUUUCGAUUAUAUUAAUAUUAAAAUGUAAAUGAUUUUUAAUCUGAAAUUCUUCCAUCUAAACGUUUGUACGCCAAUGAUGGGAGUCCAUGAGAUCUCUUUUUCCCAGAGAAGCCUACCAUGCUCGGUACUGUACACUGCAUAUGCACACGUAUGAGACACAUGGACACGCGUUGCAUAUUUCAUCGUCACCAAUUCUACACACACACACUCAUAGACACACUUUGUCGUCAUCCCUUCGACAUACCAAUUUUCAUCAGAUUUUUUAGACUGCGUACUGUAUAUAUAUACAUGAAUUGUACGAGAUAUACAUAAGUAUAUAGAGGGUGUCUCAUUUCAAUCAGUUCCCUUUGAAUACCCACUGAACUGUUGAUAAUAUCAAAAAUAUUUCAGAGGAGAGUUUAAGGAUUCUGAAAAUUAUACGAGCUCCUCGUUUGUAAAAUUAAUUUAAGUCUACAAAAUAAAAAGUAGGAAAUUAUCAAAAGUUUAUGAACCGGAGUUAAUUACUUUUAUCUGAGUAUAAUUCAUACAACUGUGAAAUAUUUUUUUAUAUUAUAAAUAGUUUGGUAGAUAUUCGAGGAAUGGUACACCCUGUAUAUGGAUAUAACGAUACACUUAGCACUAACAGAAUUAUUACCCUAUUAUUAUUAUUGUAUGAAAUGAUAUUAAUUAACUGAUAGUAUUAUACCUGUUGUCCUGGUAGCGGAUACAAGUUCUUUCGCAGUAAUAUUACCCAUUAAAGAAAAAAAAAAAAAAUGAAAAUCGUUAUACAUAUAUACAUAUAUAUAUAGCGUUAUCAGACUUUGAUUUUACCGAUAAUCGUUAAAUAAUCGUCAUUGGUGUAACGAUAAGGAUUAUUAUUAUUAUCAUUAUUAUAUUAUAUUGUAUUAUUACUAUUAAUAUUAUUAUCGUCAGCAUCGUCGUUGUCAUCGUCGUAGUCGUCAUUGUCGAUCCUCAUCUUCGAUCACAUUUCUUCUAUUUCUUAUUCAAGUCUUUCAAUUACUAUACUUCACUUUUUGUUAUUCUCUAUUUUACUCUACGUCCUUCGCUUCUUCGAUUUCUUCUUGCUCGAUGUCGAUCUUAAAAAAGGGACCCCAAAUAGACUUUUCUCUUUUUUUUUUUAAUUGAUUAAUUAAUUAAUCACGUUGCCAAUAACGAGCUGACUUCGUUUCGCGACAAAAAAGAACGAUAAAUCGUGCAAAGGUUUCUUCCUUCGGGUUUUUCAUUUUUCUAAAGCAUUACGACGAUCGUGAUUCUAUCUGGAAGGAACGUUCGCACGAUAAUUAGAUAAUUAGAAAUGAAAAUUGAGAAAAAUCCUUCGAUUUUUAAUUGACACUUUGAGUGCGAGGCCAAAACCGUAAAUCUUUCAAGUAUCUAAUAAAAUUAGUUGUAAUUCGCUAAAUGAGAUACGAGUAAAAUGGCAAUCAAAGUGUUGAUGAUAAUUAGAAAUGAAAUUCUAGCGAAACUGUGUUAAAUUAAAUAGGACAGCGUUUUCCAAAUUCUUCAGGUUGCAUUUUUUUUUAAACAAAUUGUACAUUUCAUAUUUCUACAGAAUUUGGGAAACGUUGGAAUGAUAAAUGUGAUCGAUACAACUCUUUCGCCACGACUAACGUGCAAUAAUCAGAAGAAACAAUUUGUUCGUCUUACAUUUUCACGCGUACUCUUAUUCUUACUUUAUUGAAAUUGAUUAUUCGUGACGAAAGGGUUAAUCGAGACGAUUGGUGCCGAGAGAAGAGAAUAAGAAGAAGCACCAAAUCCUGUUAUCAAUGUUAUCAACCCUUCGUUGUCCCCGUUUCCUGUUACUUUUGAGGCGUGCAUGUGCGUGUGUGCUCGGAUAUUCGCGAGUCCGACUUGAAUCGAAUAAUCGAUCUCGUUUUCCAACCUGACAAUUUAUCGUUGAAUGGUUCAGCUUAUUUAACUUGUAAAUAAAUCACAAAUUGAUCAAACGAAUCCAAGACUUUUGAUUUUCAAUAUCGAAAGAAAAAAAGAAAAUGGUCCGUUUCAAGCAGAGAUUCUCGUCCGUGGAAAUCGGCUAUUCGAUUCGACGUCCAAAGCGAUUUCCUGGAGAAAGGCUUUUAAGGGAAACUUGGCUCUUGAAUGUUACCGAUGUUCGUCGAGCACGGGUAUUUAUUUUCGAAUAAAACCGUGUAUCUUCGAACCUCGAAAGCGAUCGUACCGCGGGAAUUCGAACGAGGACACUUCCAGUAGGAAGAACACGUUCGAAUUCAACAACGCGGACGAAUCUUUGCUCAAAGCAAAUGUUACCAUUCUGCCGGCACAAUUUGAUCUUGUAAGGAGAAGAAAAUUGUUGAAAUUUUAUCGAAAUUAAUUUUGUCAUCGCGCGAGAUAUCGCGUGCUGUAUCGUUGACUGUAAAAGUUGCGGCACACUUCCCUGUAUAUCGUUCUACAAGUUCGAAUCGUGCACGGCUGUUACACAACAGUUUAUUAGUGACUAAAAACGCGCUAUUGCAUACUCGAGAUGUUCGCUUCGUAAUUUAUUGUAAAUGUUAAAGAAGGCUAGAAAAAGAAAGACGAACGAGAUAAUGCCAAGAGAGAGAGAGAGAGCUGUUGAUCGUGAAAGAAAUUUUUAUUGUAACGUAAUUCUUCCUCGUGCUGGUGUUUAGAAUGAAAAAAAUGAAUGAUCAACCACGUUGGUAAUGGAUCAUCGGAUAUGGUUGGACGGAAAGUGUAAAUAAAUGGCGUCGCUGGCUGUGUAAAUUGUUGAAUGGCGAUGUGAUACACACACGAUACAUACAUACACACACAUACGCAUAUGUAUAGAGUGUUAAAUUUUGAACGAAAGGCAAAAGGUGAACUCACGUUUCGACGCCACCACAUUUUGAUUCGUUGACGCAAAGAAUGAAUAAACGAUUGAACGAUCCAUCAGCAUUUUAACUUCGCAGAAGUGAUAUAAAGGAACGCGUGUUUGAAUUUUCGCGCUAUUGCGAUCGAGCUUUAGAUCGAUUCGAGAGCUACAAAGGCGCCUUUUGCAACGCGUGUCUAAAACGCGAGCAACGAAUAAUAAACUGCGUUCGAUCAAAGAUGACAUAGAUUCGAUUCCAUUUUUUAAAUCUCUUUUUCUUAUUCUUUUCAUUCGCGUGUGGUUAGAUUCGUCAUGGGCUCUAAUGAAAGAGAUUAGAAGAAAUUGAUGCAAAGGAAAAUUAGUGAUGAAAGAACGAUGCAAAGUGCAAACGUUUCUUCUGUAAAUUUUGCUUCAAGUAAACUAUACAUAUAGAUAGCAGACAUGUGUAUUCGAAACCGCGUUCCAAUUCAAGCGAAGUCCUCGAUAUCUCGAUCGCGAUAUAUCGAGAAUGCUGCGCGCGAGUCGAAUUGGAACAAAAUCGGAAACGAUCUUCAAAACGAAAUGCGAUCCUUUCAAACUGAUUCGAUUUAUCACGUUCAAUUCGAAUUCAGAUUUAAUCGAUCAGCAUCAGAGUCGAGGAGAAGGGUUCCUUAGUCUCAAUUACUAGUUCGAAUGUUUCUUGUAGCGAGACCAUUUUAAUAAAUGGUAUGCUAGGAUUGAGUAUGCGGUCGUGGAACAAUUUUAAGCGGCACGAGGUCAAUAAGCGAUCACGAACGUUAAUUUUAUUAUGAAACAAUGUGCGAUACUCUAUUGUGUUCUAUUAUUAUUCACGAUGCAUUUAUUUUUACCUGAAAAAUUAGAUAAAAUCUUUCCUUAAAUUAUUUGUUCAAUUGUUUAAAAUAAAUUGUUAUUUUUCAACCAGCUAUUAACUCAUUGUUUAAAAAUAAAGAUACCAUAUCAUAAUAGGAAUGAUAUAUAAGAAAAAUAGUAGAUUCGUAUCGCUUAUUAACUGUGUCUGCAAGAAACUAUAGAAACAACCAACCUAUCACGGACAUUGUACCUUGGACGGAGUUCUGGUGUCGGUAUUAAAGAGUUGCUGGCAACUUAGAGGAUCGACAAAAUCGUCGAUAACCCCUUGCAAUUGUGUGUCUUUCGAUUCGCGAUAAGGAGGUACCGGAACACUGUCCCCAGGACUGGUUCGUUUAUUUCUUAUCUGUCGUAUAAUGCACCGAACUCCAGUGACGCGUGCGCGUACCGCGUUUCAUUUAAAUAGACUCUUGGUCACGUGUCUGCGCAGUGCAUAUGCGCAGAUGUCACAAAGUGGUAAUCGAAUGCAGUUUUUCAAACUAUGAAAUUGUAACUCUUCUUACAUAUAUUUUAUGCUAUUAAAACUAUAUUGAGUGGAAAAUAUUCAUGCGUGCUGGAGUUUGAUGCAUGUUUUGUCAUUGAACUGACGUUAAUUACCAUUGUGUUAAUACAAAAUCAGAAACAGUGAAAGGGAAAAAGAAAUGCGUGUACAUUUAUCAUAGAAAAAGAAAGGCUAAAGAACACAUCAUUGAUUGUGUAUACAUAUGUAAGAGAAAAAGGGAGAGGUUUCAACUGAUGAUUAUUCUUCACCAACUAUAUGCAAUAUGAAAUUGAGUAUACAGAGCAAAGCAGCGCGAACCAUUUGUCCUAGUCCUAGUACUCAAACUCAUCACCAUAAUUUAUAACCGAUUUCAAUUUAAAUCUAAUAAAACGAUGUUAUAACACAAAA